AUGUCGUGGACAGAUGGCCGGGAUCCUGCUACUCGAGCGCGAUACCCUGAAUCGCAGCGUCGCCGGCAGGUAUUUGGCGAUUGGUUCAACAAAGACAUCCUCCCUGGAAACAAUGAAACGUGCAGCGAGUAUCUCUUCGCGCACAGCUACCACAUCCCGCCAAACACGGUCAAGACGGACCCUGCCGAGGCUCGACACGUAAAGGGUUGGUACGACGGGCUGUAUGUCAACUACGCGAAGACGCCGGAAAUCGUAGUGCCGAUUGGACAAAUCGAGUAUCGUAGCAAGUAUACCAACGGGACCGAGUGGCAACCCGUUACGGUGGCUUUGGGUGUCGCGAAGGGUUGCGAUCUAGUGCUUUUUGAUGUCGUCGACAAGUUGACAGAGGCAGGGCUUCUCAAAGAGGUCAUGGCUGGAGUGUUGGCGUAUCCGUUGACAUAG